UUGUUUUGUUAUGGGUAUCAUCGAUAUGAGGUCUCAAAAAUUAUUGAUCAAACAGUAAAUCAGUCAAGCAAAUUUUAUAGUGCUUCGAAUACGAGCAAUCAGCAGGCAUCAGAAGGCGGUGCUGGAACGGCUGCAGGUGCUACUGCACCUAGGCGCAUAUCGCUAACUACGACGACCACCACAACUGAAUCGGCUCAUCCGAGUCAAACCUCUGCAACGACAUCUUCAACUUCAGCAGCAGCACAGAGUCGAACCCAACCAGCUAGCAGUACAUCAGCAGGAGCCGUAUCGUCGACUGGUGAUGCAUCAGAGACUAGGAAUGGC